CUGACGCGAAGCCCGGGCCACCGCCCGCCCGCCGCCGCCGCCGCCACCGCCGCCACCGCCGCCACCGCCAGGGGCAGGACCUUGGCCCAGUUGCAGACUUGGAGAGGAGAUAUAGUGGACGGUUUGGAGGGGCGCCGAUCAGUUGUUUGGUGACCCGAACAGGUGAACAGCGCCACACUGACCCACGUGACAAUUGAGUGAGCGCGCCACAUAUUAUCAAAAUGCGGGCCCUGAUCGUCCUGGGCCUGGCCGUGGCGGCGGUGUCGGCCAGCUCCGACCCCGUCUCCGACUCCAAACACGACUCCGACUCCGACUCGGUGGUGGUCGAUGGCCGGAACCUGAGGACCAGCAUCCAGGCGGACGACGCUGGCUCCGCGCGGCACUAUCCCGGCGGCGUGUACCCGGGCGGAGUGUACCCGGGAGGAGUGUACCCGGGCGGAGUGUACCCAGGCGGAGUGUACCCCGGUGGAGGCUAUCCCGGAGGCAUCUACCCGGGCUACAAUCGUCCCUCCAACUGCAAGAACUGGUGCCGUCGCCAGCCGGGCUACCUCGGCGGAGUGUAUCCUGGCUACGGCCGUCAGCGCAUCCAGUACUACUGCUGCGACCACUCGGGACCGGUUAUCGUACCGCGGCCGUACCCCGUGCCGUACCCGGGGCCGUACCCUCAGCCGUACCCGGGACCGUACCCGCCGGGACCGUACCCGGGAGUCUACAGCGGCUCGAGCGGCACGGUCAACCCACCGGCGCCGCCCAGCACUGGCUACACUGGAAACAGCGGAUACACCGGAAACAACGGAUACACUGGCGGAUACAACGGAAACAACGGAUUCACCAAUAACCGCUACACGACCUCUGGAACCAACAACUACGGAAACCGCUACACGGCUAACAACGGCUACAACACACUGGCCACAUACCGUGGCAACAGAGUGUGCCCCCCGCCGCGGCCCUACUGCGUGACGUCACGGAAUUUCGCCUCGCCUCCGACCGAGUGCGCCGGCGACCACGAGUGCUCGGCGGUGGACCGGUGCUGCUUCGACACCUGCCUGGAGCACCGUGUCUGCAAGACGGCCGACAUCGCCGCGCCCGUCGGCCCUGUGCCCUACUCCAACAGCGACCUGGUGCGACACGCCCACUCCGACAUUCUGGCCGACGAGGACGGUGAUGACGUCACUGAUGACGCCACCGCGGAGAGUUUUGACGUGCGCGCGUCGUCGCCGAGCGACGUGCAGGGUCGCAGCGGCAAGGUCACGUUCGUGGACGCUGAGUAGGUGCGACUGGGUGAGCCGCCGGGUGGGCUGGUGAGCUGGUGGUGUGAGUUUGGGUACUUGUGGUGAGAUAGAAUCGCGAGUUGUGUGUUCGUCUAGUCUGAACCAGUUGCGGGCGAGAGAAGAGUCGAUUAUGUGUCUAUGUGCCAUAAUGUGUGGCGAGGCCCUCAAUUUUUUCACGCAUUGCGUGGAAAAUGACUGAAAACAGUCGCAGCAUUGAUGUGAUAUCGUUCCAAUGGCAAUCGAAAUAAUGAGAAGGUAUUCUGUGAAAUGCUUUCACUGCAGGAAGUAAGACUUCAUAAAAGCUAUGCGCCGAAUGUUGGCACCAAGGACCAUUUCCUCGUCUGGUCUCUACACCAGUAAAUGUCAGUAGAAAGACUGCACACACUGACUUGUGGAACAAUUUGCCGAAGUCGGUUGGUUUGACAGAUCACGAACAUGCGAGUCUGGGUGCGUCUGAGUAACGUUCAUCGAAAAAUAUUGCUCUUCAGCACGUGUCAUUGAAUGAUUCAGGUAUUUAUUAUAAGUGAUGUGGCGAAUGGGUGGAUGAACUGCUGCCUUCACGGUUGAUAAUAAAAUACAAUAUGCAGAUACUCAUAACAAUUGUGUAUAAAAUAGCUACCUAUUGAACUAGUGCGCUGCCAAAAGCUCUAUGGCAGUCGCCUCGUCGAUUUAUGCGUUAUCAAUGAAUACACUGGAACAUAAA